AUGGAUCAGCAAGAAAACAACAAAAAAUUCAAACAGCUCUUAAGGAAGGUAAAAUCUUAUAUAGAGAAGGAACGAUGCAUUCGCCAGCCGAUUCCUGCCCGGACGAGAUUAGAAAUAUGUCUGAGAUAUCUUGCUUCAGGAGACUCAAUGACUUCGAUUUCCUUUGUAUUUCGUGUCAGUCCGAAUACAGUUUCUAAAAUUGUUUGGGAAACAUGUAAAGCAAUUUGGUUGGCCUUACGAUCUGAUGCACACUACCGCUUCAUUGCUGUGGAUAUCGGUGCACUUGGAAGAAGAAGCGAUGGUUGGGUUUUCCGAGAGAGUCGAAUCGGACGAAGAUUUGAGAGGAAUACUCUUCACGUGCCGCCACCGAGUACAAUAGAUGAGAAAGGAACGAAGCUACCCUAUGUUCUUGUCGGGGAUAUAGCAUUCUCCUUGUCAUCUUUUCUUAUGAGACCUUACCCGAGAAGCGGAGUACUCAAUCGGCAGAAAAAAAAUUUUAACUACUGA